AUGGCGGGGGGUGGUCUGCGUGUGGACGUAUCAAGAGACGAAGGCGACGAGCAUGCGGAGGGAACGGCGCAGCCCAAGGCGAGAUUCUCCGGCGGGUCGCCGUCGGGCGAGUCGUCGCUGGUGCAGCAGCGCUUCCCGUCGUCCAAGAUGAAGGUCGACGAGCUCUUCAUUCAAUGGCUCUCGCUGCCCGAAUCGCAGAAGCUGGUGAUGUCGUUAUUGGAAGACGCCAAAGCAGGCCGUCCGCUAAUAGCCCCCGGGGGGCCCAACUCUCACAGCGCAAGCGGAAGCCUCUCCCCGCUCUCCCCCACAAGCGCCUCCUCGCUCUUCGGCGCAACCCCCCCGCUCUCCCCGCGGAGCGACAAGCCGAUGUCGCCCAAGUCGCCGCUGCGUCGCCAGGCGUCGGGACUGAGCCACGCGGGAUCGCCCGUGAAGCCGCACGCGAACCGAAGCUUCGAGGCGAUUCCGCAGUUCUACUUUCCGAACGGCCCGCCGGCGACGGAGGACGUGGCGAAGCAGUGCAUGGUGAAGAUCCACCAGUUCUUCCACGAACACCCCGAGGGGCUCAACGCCGAAGGUGAGUGCGCGGGAGGGUGCGCGGGAGGAUGCGCGGGAGGUUAG